UGACAGCUGAUUGAACAACAACAUCGUUUACUGAUGGUGUUUGGUUUGGUUAUUUUUUACAAAAUUAUUGAAAUUUUAACUCAAUAUUCAGAAGAAAACGAAUCAUGAAAGUGUCUGUCGGUGACGUCGUCCUGCCGGGCGAUCAUUGUGAAGAAAUAGUAGUAAUCGGCGAGAAAACUAAGGUUAUCCUCGGCCCGGGUUUACGAAAAGAAAUUGACCAGAUUUACGUGACAAAAGCAGGUAUUCUAAAGAAAAGGGCGCCAAACACUUAUUGGGUGGACAACCAUCAGAAACGGUAUGUGCCUGCGAGAGGAGAAAACGUUAUAGGAGUUGUAGUGCAAAAAGCUGGUGAUAUCUUCAGAGUUGAUGUUGGAGGGAGCUGUACCGCCACGCUGUCCUACUUGUCCUUCGAAGGCGCUACGAAGAAGAACCGGCCAGAGAUACAAGUAGGAGACGUGGUAUACGCCAAAAUGCUUGUAGCGAGUAAGGAUAUGGAGCCUGAACUUGUUUGUGUGGAUUCUCAUGGAAGAAAAGGUCGCCUCGGCGUGUUAAGUGACGGCUUCGUAUUUAAAUGUUCACUGAACUUAAUAAGAAAGAUAUUGAGCCCAAACUGCCCAUUACUAGAGUCUUUGAAGAACGAAUGGCCCUUUGAACUGGCUGCAGGGAUGAAUGGAAGGAUCUGGAUCAAAGCAAACACUAUGAGAGAGACUAUAGCUGUAGGGAACGCUAUUCUCGGCUGUGAAUACAUCAGUAAUGAUGAGAUAAAGAGCAUGUGUACUAAUAUUGCCAGUAUAUUAGCUGGUCAUGUCUCAUAGUUGUACAGUCACGAGCAUUAAUAUGUAUACACUUUGGUACCUUGUCACAUUAACUUUUUUGACAAAUUGAACUGUAAGUCUCACUAAAUGUCCAAUAUGUUAGUGCGACAGAGUCCUAAAGUCGGUACAUUAUAGUGCUCAUGACUGUACAAUGUUUGUAAAUUAGGUGUAAUAUUGUACAGAUUAUUUGACUUUACUAUGAUAAUAAAGUAUUUUAUUUUAAUUUCAA